CCGACACCUCCUCUCCCUUCCGCCAAGGAAGGCAGGCGGGCAGGCAGCCCUUUACCUGGCAGUUUCCUUCCCUUUCCUUCCUUUCUUCGCACGUGCAAUCCGCAGGCUGGAUGCGUAACUGCCGAGCCCCGAGAUCGGAGCCAUCGGGAGCUUCUUGUUUUUUAAAGUUGCGUCCGGGGAGAUCGGCAUUAUCAUCCCAAAGUCCGGAGCGACUUGGCCUUGCUUCGCCAUCCAGACAAGACGAUCCACUAACCACGCCUCGAUCCAGCGCGGAUGUCCCUCUGAAAUGAGCCAGGUGGCAGAGAAGGGCGUGGGAAGCCCCGGGCGCGGCGACCGGCCGGCCGCGGCUGGAAGACAGCGAGGUAGCGAGUAAACAGAGGGCGCCAGGCCCCGGGCUUGCAAAACUUGCCUCGGUCGAUCUUCUCUCGCACGCUCUUCCAUUUCGGCGGACAUGAGCGGCUGGGCAGGACUGGCCGGGCUCCUUUUGGCUGUGGCCGGAGCUCAGAAGCAGCUGCUGCAGCCGCGGAGCAGCCUCCGUCCUGCCGCCGCAGAACACGCCGCUCAGUUCGACCACAUCUACGCGGGGACGGUCAACCGAGGCGCGGAGCGGCUCUACUCUUUCAACUACACCAGUAAGCCGGGCCAGGUGGAUGCGCUCCGUGUUACCGUAAAGAGUGACUCCGAAGAUGAUCAGUACCCUGUCUUGUUUGUAGUUCGGCAGCAAAAGGGGGUGCUGUCCUGGCAGCUCCCCCUCAUUUUUCAUGGGCUUUACCAAAGAAGCUACAACUACACAGAAGUUAGCCGUACCCUCUGCCCAUCAGAGUCUGUACCUGAGAAUGGAUCUUCAGAGCAGAUUGUAUUUAUAAAUGUAGCUUCCAUGGCUCCCUAUAAUGCCCACUAUCUACUGCACGUUACCAGGAUUAAGAACUUCCAACUUGGUACGGACACUGCUUUUAAGUUCACUGCCAGCCCUUCCCAACCACAGUACCUUUUAUACAAGUUCCCUCCUGAUGUGGAUUCCGUCAUUGUCAGAGUGAUUUCUGAGACAAUCUAUCCCUGCUCUGUGGUCUCCAUCCAAGAUAUUGUGUGUCCAGUUUAUGAUUUGGAUUAUAAUGUGGAAUUUAAUGGAGUUUACCAAUCCAUGACAAAGCAGGCAGCCCUCACUGUGCAGAAAAAGGACUUCCCAAGCAAACAGUUUUUUGUUGUAUUUGUCAUAAAGCCCGAGGACUAUACCUGUGGUGGUUCAAGGCCCCCCUCCAUUCAAGGAAAGACUAACUACACAUGGAAUCUCCAGCGGAUGAAGCACCUUGAAGUGACAGUGGUACCAUCAGUUAAAGGCUCUGUUUAUCUACAUGCCAUCCUUUUCAGUUUUCUGAGUUUCUUCUCAUUCUAUCUGGGUGCGCUGUUGGUUGGAUUUGUGCAGUACAUCAGGUUUCGUAGGAAAACCUCAACUGGAAGACAAGGUCCUGAUGAUGGGCGUGAGACUAUGACUUCCUCUCAUCCUAUCACUGCCAGCACCCCUGAAGGAAGCAGCUAUGGAGCUAUAGAGAAGGAAUACUUCAGUGCCAUGGAAGUUCCAAACCAAGAUGAGUCAAGCUCCAGUGGAGGUCAGGAAUUAUCAACUCUAGAUCGUAGGCAUCCUUGUGGCAGUGAUACAGAUAGCUCAGUGGAAGAGGAGAGUGAUUUUGACACUAUGCCUGAAAUUGAAAGCAACAAGAAUGUAAUCCGCACUAAG